AUAUCAUCAUUAGAAGAAAACAUAUUUAACAAUAUUGACAACACUGUUUCACACAUAACUGUUUAUCUUUAUUUUUAUCUGUUGGUUUAACUCAACUCCAGGACAUGCUAAUUUACAUAUAUUUAGAAUGGCUAAAGCAAAGGUUUUUAUUUACGAAAAACCAUUCGAUGGUUUUCCCAAGGAAGAUGACCUAAAAUUAGUUGAAGAAGAUUUAAAACCAUUAAAAAAUGGAGAAUUCCUUACUGAGGCUGUUUUUCUUAGUGUCGAUCCUUACAUGCGAGGCUAUGCCCCAUUUUUAAAGACAGGAACUGUAUUUUUGGGAGGACAGAUAGCUUUAAUAGUAGAGAGCAAAAAUCCAAAUUUUCCUGCAGGAAAAUACUGUUUUGGUCAAUAUGGGUGGAGAUCACACACUAUAUCAAAUGGUAUACCUGAUCCUAACAAUAUACUACAUGAAUAUGUUCUACCAGAUUUCAAAGGACUGUCUCCUUCUCUAGGGCUAGGAAUUUUAGGCAUGCCUGGCAACACCGCAUACUUUGGACUAUUAGAGAUAUGCCACCCAAAACCAGGUGAAACUGUUGUCAUAUCAGGUGCUGGAGGAGCUGUAGGGAAUCACGUAGGGCAAAUAGCUAAAUUAAAAGGCUGUAAAGUGAUUGGUAUUGCUGGGUCUGAUGAGAAAGGUUCAUGGCUUACGAAUGAAAUGAACUUUGAUCAUUUUAUAAACUACAAAACACAAAACGUUAGAAAAACACUGAAAGAAAUAGCCCCAAAAGGUGUUGAUUGCUAUUUUGAUAAUGUAGGGGGUGAAAUCAGCUCGACUAUAGUCAACCAAAUGAGUCUUUUUGGUAGAAUAUCUGUUUGUGGUGCUAUAUCAGCUUAUAAUGAUAAACACCCUAAAGCUAGUGCUCUUCAAGCUGCUAUGGCUAUUAAACAGCUCAAAAUGGAGGGGUUUAUCGUAACUAGAUGGGCAGAUAAAUGGUUUGAAGGUAUCGAUCAAAAUCUCCAGUGGAUACAGGAAGGGAAAAUAAAAUAUAGAGAGACUGUAACUGAAGGGUUCGAAAAUAUGUUUAGAGCUUUUACGGAUAUGCUUAAAGGGGUAAAUUAUGGUAAAGCAAUUGUAAGGGCUAAAUCGAUUGUUAAAUAAAAUGCGGUAAUAAA